CAGGGUGAUGCGGCUCGUCGGGAAGUGAGAGGCGGCACGUCCUCCCGGGCCGAGGGCCCCCCUGCCUCGGAGCCUCCCAUGCCUUCGGGGCCCCCUCGGGGGGCGGCGGCCCCGCGGGAGGCGGGGGCGGCGCUGCCGUGAUGGCCCUGGAGGAGAAGCGGGAGAAGCGCCCGCCCGUCACCCCCAUGAUGAUCGAGGAGGAGGCCGCCCUACGGAACGGCAGCCGGGGGCUGCCGCCGGGCCCCUGGGCCGAGGCGGCGGGGCCGAGACCCCGCACCACGGAGCGGCACAUCGCCGUGCACAAGCGCCUGGUGCUGGGCUUCGCCGUCUCCAUCCUGGCGCUGCUGGCGGUGACCAUGAUCGCCGUGAUGCUCAGCGUCCGCUUCGAGGAGUGCGGCGCCGCCGCCGCCGACGGCCCGCCGCGGGCCGGCGGCAACGGGAGCCUCUCGGGGGCGGCCCGGCAGCCGCCCAGCAUGGGGCAGCCCCCCGGCCGGCCGGAGGAGGAGGAGGAGGCGCGGGGCGGGGAGGCGACGGCGGAGGAAAAGGAGGAGGAGGAGGAGGAGUGGCAGAGGCGGCGGGAGCCGCCACCCUGGGCCCGUCCGCGGCUGCCGCGGCACCUGCGGCCGCUGCACUACAACCUGAUGCUGAGCGCCUUCAUGGAGAACUUCACCUUCAGCGGGGAGGUGAACGUGGAGCUGGAGGUGCGUAACGCCAGCCGCUACAUCGUGCUGCACGCCCACCGCAUGCACAUCGAGGCGGUCCGCGUGGCCGAGGACAAGCUGGCGGGCGGCGUGCGGGUGGCCCGCUCCUUCCUCUACCCCCAGACCCAGGUCUUCGUCGUCGUCCUCAGCCGCAGCCUGGAGGUGCAGCGGAGUUACAACCUCAAGAUCAUCUACAACGCCCUCAUCGAGAACGAGCUGCUGGGCUUCUUCCGCAGCUCCUACGUCCUGCACGGCGAGAGAAGGUUUCUUGGUGUUACGCAGUUUUCUCCUACUCAUGCCAGAAAAGCCUUUCCUUGCUUUGACGAGCCCAUCUACAAGGCCACUUUCAAAAUCAGCAUCAGGCAUCAAGCAACUUACUUAUCUUUGUCCAACAUGCCAGUUGAAACUUCUGUUUUUGAGGAAGAUGGAUGGGUUACAGAUCACUUUUCACAGACCCCUCUCAUGUCCACGUAUUACCUAGCUUGGGCAGUGUGCAAUUUUACAUACCGGGAAACUGUCACCAAGAGCGGAGUAGUUGUACGGUUAUAUGCAAGGCCUGAUGCAAUCCGAAGAGGAUCAGGGGACUAUGCUCUAAAUAUUACAAGGAGACUCAUUGAAUUUUAUGAAGAUUAUUUUAAAGUGCCCUAUUCCCUGCCAAAAUUAGAUCUGUUAGCUGUGCCUAAGCAUCCAUAUGCUGCUAUGGAGAACUGGGGACUGAGUGUUUUUGUGGAGCAGAGGAUACUGCUAGAUCCAAGCAUUUCUUCUAUAUCAUACCUGCUGGAUGUCACCAUGGUCAUUGUACACGAGCUAUGUCAUCAGUGGUUUGGUGACCUUGUGACUCCAGUUUGGUGGGAGGAUGUGUGGUUGAAAGAAGGUUUUGCUCACUAUUUUGAAUUUGUUGGGACAGACUACCUCUACCCAGGGUGGAACAUGGAAAAGCAGAGAUUUCUGACAGAUGUCCUGCAUGAAGUGAUGUUGCUGGAUGGUUUGGCCAGUUCACAUCCAGUAUCCCAGGAGGUGCAGCAAGCCACGGACAUUGACAGGGUGUUUGACUGGAUCGCCUAUAAAAAGGGUGCAGCUCUAAUUCGAAUGUUGGCCAACUUUAUGGGUCACUCUGUUUUUCAAAUGGGCUUACAAGACUAUUUAACCAUUCACAAGUAUGGCAAUGCAGCCAGAAAUGAUCUCUGGAACACAUUGUCAAAGGCUUUAAAACGGGUUGGAAAAUCUGUAAAUAUCCAAGAAGUUAUGGAUCAGUGGACACUACAGAUGGGUUAUCCUGUUAUCACUAUCUGGGGAAAUGAAACUACGGACAAUGUCAUAGUGAUCUCCCAAGAACGUUUUGUUUAUGAUAGUGAUGCUAAACCCAAGGAUCCUGCCCUUGGAGACAACAGCUACUUGUGGCAGAUUCCAUUAACAAUUGCAGUAGGAAAUACGAGCCACAUCUCAUCAGAGGCAAUUAUAUGGGUGUCUAACAAAUCAGAGCACCACAGAAUUCCUGCUUUGGAAGAGGCAAGUUGGUUGCUGGGGAACAUCAACCAGACUGGCUACUUUAGAGUUAAUUAUGAUAUUAGGAAUUGGAGGCUGCUAAUUAAUCAGCUAACAAGGAACCAUGAGGUUAUCUCUGUCAGUAAUCGAGCAGGCUUGAUCGAUGAUGCAUUCAAUCUAGCCAGAGCUGGUUAUUUGCCUCAGAAUAUUCCUUUGGAAAUUAUCAGAUACCUUUCAGAGGAGAAGGAUUUUCUGCCUUGGCAUGCUGCCAGCCGAGCUCUUUAUCCUCUAGAUAAAUUGCUGGACCGCACAGAAAACUACAACAUCUUCAAUGAGUAUAUUUUAAGACAAGUUGCAUCAAUGUAUCUCAAGCUUGGAUGGCCAACUAACAAUUUAAACAAAUCGCUUGUUCAAGCAUCAUACCAACAUGAAGAGUUGCGUCGGGAAGUCAUCAUGUUGGCCUGUAGCUUCGGUAACAAACACUGUCACCAGCAGGCUGCAACGUUAAUCUCGGAUUGGAUUUCUAGCAAUAGGAACCGAAUCCCACUCAAUGUGAGAGACAUUGUCUACUGUACAGGAGUUUCACUGAUGGAUGAAGACGUAUGGGAGUUUAUUUGGAUGAAAUUUCAUUCCACCACAGCAGUGUCUGAGAAGAAAAUAUUAUUAGAAGCCUUAACUUGCAGUGAUGACAGAAACUUGCUCAACAGGCUUUUGAACUUGUCUCUCAACUCAGAAGUUGUCCUGGAUCAGGAUGCAAUUGAUGUGAUAAUCCACGUAGCUCGAAAUCCACAUGGAAGGGAUCUUGCUUGGAAGUUUUUCAGAGAAAAAUGGAAAAUAUUAAAUGCUAGGUAUGGAGAAGCAUUAUUUAUGAAUUCGAAACUUAUCAGUGGGGUCACGGAAUUCCUCAAUACCGAAGAUGAACUAAGAGAGCUAAAGAACUUUAUAAAGAGUUACGAAGAGGGAGCUGCUGCCUCUUUCUCUCGCGCUGUGGAAACAGUGGAAGCCAAUGUGCGGUGGCAAAGGCUCUAUAAGGAAGAACUGUUCCAGUGGCUAAGAAAAUCCUUGACACACUAAUAUGUCUUUCCAGCCGACUAUUUAACAUGAAGCUCUGCAAGAGGAAGAGGAGACAUUUUAGGAGUGUUCAACAUUAAAACCAUGGAGAAAAGAUCAGAUUGCAGGGAGAAGGUUUUUUUUUUUUCCUUUUUUUUAAUUGUGGGAUUUUUUUUUUUACACUGGGCUCUUGUGAAGUUAUCAAGAAGCUUUUCAGGAGAGAUCAUGAAUGCUUGUGAAAUCCAGUCCUCAGUGUACACAGCCAAACAUGAUAUUAAGUGGUGCAUGUAAAUGUUGAAGAAAAACAAACAAAAAAAUCCUUCAAAGACUAUUUUGUGCAUGCUUGUACUGUCCCUGCCUGUAUUCUAGCAUGCUUAUGUAUAACAGCCACAUUUUGUAUGUGAGUUCCAGUUACAUCAAAAGUUGGGCAUUAUACAAAGCACAAAGACUAUCUACGACAAUCAGUGUUGCAAUGAACAAAAGGAAAGGAAGGAAAAGGAAAUGCAGAAGGCUUCCAACUUGGGGCAGUACGAGAUGUAAAGUCAGUUUUCCCACUAGCUGCCAAUUAGUCUACCACUCAGAUUGUCUCUUCAUGAUUACAAAGUCAUUUCUUGAGUUGCCAGUUGCUGUAUCUGCAGUCUCCAUAUUUCUGUAUUUCAAUAAGCGGCAUAGUGAGCAAGGAGAGAGAAGAAGACAGGGCAGGGUGGAGAGAGACAACGAGAAUGACAGAAAAGGACAUCAUCCAUGCAUUAUAAUUAUAUACAUUUAUUCACUGCUGAUCAGUGGGACAGUGUAGUUUGUUAGCUGUGAAUGUAUGCAGUGUCUGAGGGGAGCUUUGCAUUGAUUGCACAAUGAAGCAUCUCUUCUCGGCAAUUUUGCAAGGCAGUGGUAUUCACGAUGGGUCACCCAACCUGUGCAGCAGUAAGUUAUGCAGCUGACAGUGCACAAGUAUUAUAAAUAAACAUAGGAUUCAAACGGAAAUUAGCAGACAGGGAGAAUACUUUGCAUGCAAAGACAUAAAAUUAACCAAGAGGGCGUUUUAUUAUGAUAGACAGAUCAAAUUCUCGAUGUGUGCAAUACUGUUGCAAAUACAGGAUGCACAAUUUAUGACAACUUAGAAAAGUGAAAUAUGGACAAAGAGGGGCGUGUGUGUAUGUUUAUUUGUACUGGCUAAUACCGAGAAAAUGGUUUUCUUUCUGUUUCUUAUAUUUCACAUAGACUGUUCUAGAUAAGUGAUGCUUUUCUUAAUCAUAUGUUUGCUUCUUUUUUCUCAACUUUAAUCCGAAAGAUCAGUGAUACAGUGGAACUGGUACUUGUACAAUAACCAUCUGGAUAAAACUGAUGGCGGCCAAAUACUCUACCAUGAUUGCACCAUGGAUAAAAAAAACACCCAAAACUACAGAGAGUUUUCAGGAGACAGAUUGCAGCAGCUUCAGAGGGGGAAUGUAGCUGUACGACAGUGUUUCUUUAUCCCAUCCCAGCCUGUCACAACCAUCCCACCACAUCAUGGCCCUGUACAUUGGAAACAUGUGGCCAGACGAAUAGAGAACAGCCAUUUUAUCGUGUUGUUUCCUUCACAGGGUGUGGAAGUUACCAACGUGCUUUACAGUUGCCGUUGCUUAUCCCCAGUGAUUUGUGAAUUCAAACGUUAGUGCACAAAGAACAAAACCAGAUACUAUCAGAGUUGCGUGGAGAUGGUAUUGUUUUCUGGGCUCUCGUUCCCAUGGUACCCUGCUCCUCAAGAACUGGUAGACACAUCCCAUAACUAAGCUGUCAUAGCCAUCUUGAGCCUGUCAUUUUGUGUCUUUUACUGUGCAGAGGGGGGCGUUUGAGAAUUGGGUGCGUGAAAUCCUUGCGUGGGCAUUUGCUCCACUGUUUGGUGCUGUGUAGCACCGCAUGUUACCUUGACCACAUAUAACCAGGAGAAGAGGGAAUCCUAUGCUCUAGUACUGUUAACUCUUUGCCUUAUAGUAAGCCCCAAACCUUUGUGCGAUAUUGCAAUGGUAGUGAACUUAAUGCCCAGAGACAUUAUCAUGUCCAAGCUGAGUGAAAUCCUCCUCCUCCUAUGUAUUUUACCUACCUCACAGGGGUGUUGUGAGGCUUGACUAAUGUUAACAAAGCGUUUGAAUAUCCUCUGAUGAAAGGCAGUUAAAAGUGCAAAGUAUUAUUUUAUGUGGUUGACCAAACUCAACCUCAAUGCCAGUAUGUAGCAUCACAUUUUUAAUUUCUGAUGAACAAAAUCACAUGCAGAUUUGUUAUAAUAAAAAAGCAAGCCAAAUAUUCUUUGAUAUAACCUCUACCCUGUAAUGAAGCCCAAAAUAGCGAUACCCAAAGAGUGUGCAGAAAACCAAGCCCUCAAAUGUGAAUUGCUUUGAGGAUUUCAGAGAAAAGAAGUGUGCGUAAUGGUCUGUCCCUUCGCAGUUUUAUUCAAGAUUAUCUUUGAUGACUUUUCUUUGUCAGCACCACAGAUUACGCCACAUACCUCCAGGAUGCGCAUAGAAGUUUCUGGUCUUUCCACUGAUAAAGGGCAGGCUAACAAUAUGUUCCAAAGUCAAAAGUUUAUUUCAGCCUGCGUGUUCUGCACAGUGCACAGAAAUUUCCACUGUUGCUCAUUUGAAUUGAAGUUCUUGCACAUUUAGCUGGUGUUGGAUGUAAAUUGAUAUUUUAGUGGCCUUGAGCAACUGGUCUACCACAGAUACCAAGCCCUAGAUGUAUCUAUUAUACGUACCUAUUGAUGUAUUGCUAAUAAGUGUUGUAUUCUGGUAAUGUUCAUAUUACUUCUAUAGCUAAGGUUGAGCUGGCCUUUCCAUUAUAAUUCCCUUUUCUUUUAUUUUUUAUAUUUUGUAUUUUGCUGUUUCACACUGAAUCAGGAUUAAAUUUACAUGAAUUAAAUCAAAAAACCCUAUAGCUGUUUUCCACAAUAUUCAACCCCUCUGCAUUUAAUUAUGUCUUUUGAAACUUUUUCUAAUAAGAACCUCCACACAGCUGUGUGUUAAAGAAUAGUUGAUACCUCAUGGAAAACUCUAAUACAGUCUGCUUAGAAAAAUCUAUUUAUCUUAUUGAUUUUCUUUCUCCUUUACCAGUCCUUUUCUUGCUUUGUCCUUAUCUAAAGAUUGGCCCCAUUUUUAUAAUUUGGAUUGUGAUUAGGAAGCCAAAUACCCCGGACUUUUCAGCGUUUUCAAAUCCAGGAUUUAAUUUUGUCCUUUCUAGUGAGAGGAGAUGCUGCAAAAUGUGGAUCAAGUGUGGACGUGGACCUCACCCAAGCCCUGGGCAUCAUUUUAUGGAGAUUUGAUGGGGCCUGCAUCUCUAAUCAGCCUUUGUAUGACUCAGGAUCCUUGGCAGUUAUUAAUUGUUAUGGCUUACUAAAUCAUAUAGAAAGACAUAUGAAUAGACACGAUUUUAUGCCAGCAUGACAAUAUACCUAUUGUAAAAAUACCUAUUGUAUUUUUAUAACAUUAUCCACUACAAAAAUCUCAGUCUAUUACUUUGUAGCUGGUAGAAUCAUUCAUGUGUCCACUGCUAAUGGCUGUUAAAAUGAUAGUAGGUACAUGAUUUUGACUAGGGCAGAACAAUGUGAAAACAUUCUUCUGAAAUGAAAUGUCACUUCUGCUGUAACUAGGAGUACUUGGACAUUGAUUUUGAUGAAAAAAACUUCAUAUGUCCUUAAGUACAUCCAAAUUUCUGACCUCUGAUGGUCUUUUCAGUCAAUAUAGCAAGAAUUCUGAUAUUAUGUUGGAAACUGGUGAAUUUUGUGUAGCUUUUGGGCUGUUGUGGAUAUGUCACUGAGCUUUACAGUGUCAAAGAAAAUAUCUCCACUGAUGCAGAAGGGUGCUUUCACAGCAAAGAUCCUGAACCAUACAAUUAAAUCCUUAGUAGUAAAGAAUAAAAAAAAAAAAAAAGAAAAUUAUAUAUUUCUAUGUUCAUGUGCAAAAUCUUCUGUAGAGAUAAUUUUCCCAUAAAAUGUCAGUAAGUCUGAUUAUUUAGAUAGAAUAAAGUGAAGAUAAUAUUUGCCUUGAAGAUGAGGGUGCCUUUGUUUAGGUACCUGCACAAUAAGAUUUUGGUAGCCGAUACUGAAGUCAAUGAAAAUAUGCUUUGAAUCAAAUGUGCAACUGUCUCUCUGAGGAAGAAUGUUGCGGCUUUGAAAACUGUUCAUGUAUUCAGUUGACUUACCACCACUUUUGUUGUGAGUACUCACCAUAUCAGGCUCCCUGUCCUAAAGCAGAGUUUAUAGCCACAGUGUUAGCGUGAGCGUGAAGGAGUAAAAGGACCAUCUUGCUUCCGAGCAGCCUGAAUAGAGGCUGUUUGCCCAGCGUUGGAUGGAGCGGUCCCAGAGCUGCUGGCUCCAUCAUCCACCACUGCCGCCAGCCCACCUGGGUCAGGAAGGCAGCUGGGAAACCAUUGAAGUGCAGAAAGGCUCCAUCCAAGUUUCUCUUAGAUGGACAGGAAGGACAGAAGGUCCCUUUGCUGAUUAUGGGUGAUCUUCAGAGGUUAGUGACAUUGCCUUGUGCUAGCAGGAAACAAAGGUCCGGCUAGUGAGCCUGCACUGCACAGAAAAACCUAAAUCCUGAGCUGUGGUCAAUCCAACUGGAAAAUGUUGACAAAAAUACUUGUAAAGGUCUAGACUAAUGUCCAUUCUUCAGAACUAAUUUCAAGCAGUCAAAUAUUUUGAAUUUUCAAGUAUGCAUAAGAACACAGACAGUCUUUUCCUUUCUGAUAGUUUUGUUAAUGUUGAAAAUGUGCCAUGAGUUUCUUGGGACUUUUUUCUAAUAAAUGGUUUGGAAGGAUGUAACUUCAAAUUAUUUGUGGUAAUAAUAGUAGUUACUGUACUAAUGCCAUCAAAAAACGUGGAUGCGUGUACAAACCUGUAUGGCACUAGUGACCGUGCAGUUCCCUUUUUGUAUAGAAAACUGUAAAAAGUGGGCCACUUUUUGUUUCUCAUGUGACUGUGGAACCUUCUGCCUGUCUUAAAACCAAUACUGAAACCCAGUGAAACCACUCUGACUUGAGCAAGUAGUCCAUGCUGACAUGAGCAAUUUAGUUUUCUGUGAGAAGGAAGGGGAAAAGGGAGUGCUAUGUGUAAGGGUUUUUCACCAAAGUAAGGCCACAUGCCCUAGUUGGAGAAGAAUUUUAAAAUCAAGUAUAUUUUGAAAAAGCUGGAUGAACUUAGCUCCAUCUUGUGUCUUUAUGCUGGCAGUGGAGGGUAGCUUGACCUCAGAACACCCCCAUGUGAUGAUGCCAUUGAGGUUGGGCUUUAUAGAACAGAUACGGAGCCAGUUUCAUUGAGGUGUGUUCAAGGAGAAUCAACCCCAAGCGCUGCGGGUCAGACCCAAUGUCCUUUCUCAAAAAAAAACCGCAUUUAUAUUUGGCUGAUUUGUAACUAGUGAAUUAAGCGCAACUUUGCCAAGUGGCAUUUCUGAAUGCUUUGCUUAUUUUGCGUGCACUGUUUCCUAAGGAUAUUAAAGCGAUGUCGGUAGAGAACACAGUGGUGAGCAGCCCUGUGAGAGCAGAGGGGACUGACUGUGCUGCAGCCGGUAGUCACGAGCCAGGAGGCUUUAGCCAGAGUGCCCCAACGUUUCCUGGACAGCAUCGCUUGGAUUUGCCCGAUAAGGUAUGCCUCGGUGCAAUGGACGAGGCCGAGAGCCAAGAUGCAGUCUCAGUUCUCUGCGACACGUUUCGGUCCACUUAAUAUGUUCAUUUCUGUAAUUUCAAAACAACCUGUAGCCAAACUGACGACACGCAUGUGACCGCAGAUCCAACGCUGGCGCGCGGAGAGGUAGAUCCGUUGAAGUGACUGAUGUGAAUUGCAGCUGAGGAUCUAACCCAUUGCUUUCAAAACAGCCCCCGGAGGUGAUGGCUGGGCCGGUGUACGGGAUGUUUCGCGUAUUUGUAUCUGUGUUUCAGUAGCACAUAUGGGAUGACAAAUGUCUUUUGGUUUCCUUUUGCUUUUUGUUAGAAUAAUACUUUGCGAUCGGUUCAAAUGUGAUAAAGCUUUAUAAUAUGUUCGGAGAACUGCAGAAUACUGUGCUGUGAAGAGUGUGGCUACUACCCUCUCUUUUUCCUGCACACAGUAGAUUUCAGCAGAGAUGGACUUCCCUGGACUUAGACACUCUGUGAAACAAAAAAUAUUCUGACAGUUUCUAAUGGAAACAUCAUUGUAAUUACUGUAUAACUACCCUGUACAAAGACAGCUUUAUUAUAUGUGUAAAUGUAAUUUUGCUAUGUUGUUUUUAUGUUUGAGGGACAAUAGGCUUUGGUGUGGGUGAGACGUAUAGCCUUAUAAAAACAGAGAUUGUAGCUCCCUGUCUCAUGUUUUGCUGAAAGGUGUUCAGUUGCUCUAUUUUUGCAGAAGAUAAACAUAAACCACUUCCCUGAAAACUAAUGAUCUAUUCCACUACACACACGUCAUAUGACAUAAAUGGAUCAUACUAUUGAAAAUAAAGGCUUGAUAAUAAAUGGCAUUAUUUUCCCAAGAGGUAAGAUUUUUUGACACCUUAAGAAGAGAGUCCUGCAGCUAUUAAUGCUGGCUAUAAUGGAUGAGUCCCUCUAUUAAGUCUGUCUCAGCCUUAGAUUAAUUCUGAAUACUGUGAUUAGAAGAACGUAUUUUUCCAUCACUUCUCAAAUCUGUACUCUUUGGAAUUCAGUUCUUUGUCAAAUAAGAGGUGGAGCUGGCUCAGUUUAGGUACAGUUCACCAAUGGUUUCACACAAGCGAGCCUUUGCAAGAUCAGAAUGCCAUCUUCAUUUAAAGGAAAUGCAGAUCAUUGCAUAAUGUCAUGGUUGUCUCUCUACGUUCCAUUAUAUGCAUGCGUGUAUAGCUUCUAAUUCUGGACCAUUUUGCUUUGACAAAGCUUUCAUGGGUUCUUUGUAUUUACAGACAUUAGUCAGAAGUUUCAGCUGGGCGAAGCAGUGGAACGUAGGCAGGGUGUGAGGCUGUCGAGGCUGACCACGACUCAGCCACCGACGUAGGCGUGUAGGCAGCCCCCCUGAUUUCUGCGGGGUUAAUCAAGUCCUUCAAAUUCUGUAGCAAAUCAUGCGUCUGGCUGAAACAGUCUUUCUGGAGAGUGAUUUAGGUUGCAACCUGUUUCUGCACAGGUUUUAGGUGCAGGAUAUAGUGUUGUGUUUUUGCUGAAUUUAAGAUCACAAGUUACUUUAUACAGAGCCAAUUUCUCUCUUUUCUUUUUUAUAGAAAAACAUAUAUUUUGCAUAUAGAGGGGAGAUACUAACUGAUUCUCAGUAUACCUAUAAACGCCAAAUUUAACAAGGUUUUUCAUUUAUUGUUUGAAGCAUCCUGGGAUUUGAGAGUAAAAGCAGAAUUAUUCUUACAAUGUUAAUUAAUGAAUAUUAAACUAAUCAGCAAUUUAAACCAUUAGCCAGAUGAAAUAUAUAAAUUUCUGUUACAGUUUACCAGAAAAAUGUUUUUCUAUGAUAUGCCUUUAAAAAAGACUCCAUAAAUACAAGACCGCUAUGUGUUCAACAUAAAAUUUUUAUUCCACUCUACCUAAGGACUGCCUAAAUGGAAUUUUUUUUUUAAAUGAGAAACUUUAUCUUCUGUAUUUUAAGCAGAACAAAUUUGAAUUUUGUCUCUGAUAAUAAAAUU